CCUCUCAUACGUUUAAUCUCAGAUACGGUGGGGAAACAGGAUUACAUGGGGAUUCGACAUGCGCGGAAAUUCGAGAUACGCAGAUCUUUUGGGAAUUUUGCCGUCCGUUAUAAUAUUGUAUCUCGGAAACUACCUGGAGUUGAGUGCUGAAUCUGUAGUUUACACAAAAAUAUAUUCUUUUUGGUUUUUACGAGCUUUAUACGCAUUAGUACAUCAGAAGCAGAUCAGGAACAGUGCAGAAACAUCCAUUUCCCCUCUCCUAGAUCCUAGAAAAUAAUGCAUAAUUUUAAUUUUCUGUGCUUUUGCUCGUAUUAUUUCGAAAAGUCCAAACUGAAAUGGUAAGUUACUUUAUUUUUUAAAUAAGGCGGCAAAAUUAUAAGUUUUAAAAAUGAAUACGAACACAACAUGCGCUUGUUCGGUUUCCAUUCGUACACGUUCGUAGAUUUAAGUAGUGAUGGGUGCGCAAUACGAACGGAUAGAAUAAUUCAACCUUUUUUAAAAUAAUGUUAUAAUUCUAAAUAAGCCUAAACUUCAGUAUUUAAACGAUGUUGGUAAUAUUGAAACCCAUUUCUUAAUUCCGUCUUUUCAAACCACUCUUCGAUGUCAAUGACUGAAAUGGUAAACCCAAAGAAAAAUGAAUUUCCAAUUAGUUACCACCUUAAAAUAUAAUUAUAUUUAUAAAACGAUUGUUACAUGCCUUCAUUCUAAGCCACGAUACAUUGUCAAAAAUACACAUUUCACAAAUUGUCCUGUUCAGUCUACUAUUGCAGCUACCGUGUAUAAGCAGCUUAAGAAAAUUCCAGUUUCCCUUGGAGAACGAACGUUCCGAAACUGUUCGCUCAUCGCAUUUUCACUUCAACGCUCGGAAACGGUGGAUUCCAAUCCCGCACACAGUACGGAGCAAAUAUAAAUACAAAAAUAACUUUCUAUUACGAAUAGUGUUUGCUGGAUUUAAUCCAAAAAAUAAGUACGUUAAACAAAUGAAAGGAAAAGUUCAUGAACACGUGCUUUCACACGUAAGCAACUAAAGAGUAUACGAGUGCCCGAAAAAGUGUAAAGUAAAAGUGCUUUUAAGUGUUUAUAACAAAGCUGACAUAACGGUUUUAAAAACGGUUAAACAUAAUUUCGAAAAAGGGUUUUGCGUUUUUUUUUUGUUAACGAAAAAUUAUUUUGCGUUGUGCCGGUAUUGUGAUCGGUUCCGGCUUUCCCCCAGCCUUCACCUUCCUUGCCCUUUUCAACGUUGGUGGGACAGAUAGUGCAAAAAUGCGUUCAGUCGGUUGCUGCACUAACCGUCGCCGGACGAUGCAUUGUGGGUGAAUCUGAGCGAGAUGGCACGACGCGCCACGCGCGAAAUACCGCGAACCUUUCUUUGGCGCGAAAACAAUGUUACCAGUGCAUCGAUGUGGAUGUGUGUGUGUGUGUACGUGGGUGUGCACGAGAAAGAGUGAGUGAUUCGCGCGCUGCCAAGUUUUAAGCAACUUUCGGCAUCGCCGCUGGUAACCAAACGGAAUCGUUUUUAAACAACUUCAGAAGAGGGCGCAGACCGUGUGAUCGCGACCCACAAUACGCGGCACCCGCGACACCGUGGCUGUUUGGUACCACAUGGUUCCUUGCAUGCUGCUCUCUCUCUCUCUCUCUCUCUCUCUCUCUCUCUCUCUCUCUCGCUCGCUCUGUUUUUUUCUUUGCGUCGACGCAUUCGUCCUACGCGCGCGUGUGUGUGUGUGUGUGUGUAGGUAAGUAGUGUUCCGUAAACGAAAACGAAACGAGGUUCCUCUUGGUGCGUUCGGUCAGUCUGUCGCGAAAUUAUCCUCCGCACGGAAGGACGGUACGAGAACUCUCGCUCUCGUCGGUAAUCGAAUUCCAGCGAACAGGAAAAUGCAACAGUCUCACGGUUGAUGUUUAAAAUUCAAAAAUCUGUACAGAAGAAGCAACGUGUAGUGAAGUGUAAUUAAUAGUAGUAGUAAAGUCCACACGUGUGUAAAAUAUUAGCAACAUACAUAAGUGAACUAAACACAAAAUUCGCCAUCAUGCAAUAAGUGGUCUAGCUGUUUUGGACUGUCUAUCGUAACAGUGUCCCCUGUAAGUGAGCAGUGUUUUAAGAAACUUACCUUCUCUACCCAUCCUAUCAACCGGAACUAGUGUCCUGAAACGUCACAGACGAGUCACCAUGGCUUCCAGAAGUCGCAAGAAAAGAUCCCCCUACUAAUGCGCCCCGGUUCCGGUGCCACCGAAGAGAUACCUUCUGCUACAAGUCACCCCCAAGUCAUCACCACCACCACCACCAUCAUGUUGUUCGAAUCGGUCCAAAAUGGUGACCUCGACCGGGUACGCCACCUGUUGGACGGUGGUGCGGACGUUAAUGCGCGGGACGACAAGUUCUUCAAUACGGCCCUGCAUCGGGCCGUAUUUGCCCGCCGGAACCGGUUCGAGAUGGUGGCCCUACUCAUCGAGCGGGGUGCCGACUGUAACGCACUCAACAAAAAGCGCCUAACCGCGUCCGAGCUGGCACUCGAGAACCGGCUGCCGGAGGUGGCAAAGGAGUUGGUACGGUGCGAAACCCAGCACCUGGACGAUCAUCUCGCCUACUAUCUGCUGAUCCGGCGCGGCAAUCUACAGCUGUUCGAAUACCUAAUCUCGAUCAAGCGGCUCCAGUAUGAGGAUGAAAUCUGCGUCAUUGCCCGUGCGUACGGUGAGCUACGGUUGCGGAACGUACCGCUCAAGGAACCGAUGGAAUCGUACCUGAACGAGAUCCUGAUCAAUCACGACUACUGGUUGCGGAAUCGGGUCCGUACCGGGUGGGCCGAUAGCCGACGGGAAACAUUGCGCCGGCUGGAAGCUAUCGUGGAGAAUGUCCAGCAGCUGACCAUUGGCUACGACAGUCACAAUCUGACGGAUGUGGACAGUUUGUUUCUGCUACGGUUGUCCUACAUCCUGGAGAAUCUUUUCUUCCUUCGCAACGUCUACAAACAUUUGCCGCUGCAUCAUAUGGAAUUUUGUAUCGGCAUUUUUCUACACAUCUGGAAGAAUCCUCCUCGAUAUGACAUGUACAAAAUGCUGGUGGACAAACGCAAACUCCUGCUCUAUCUUGGAGCUGUUGUAAACGAGCUGAAGAAAAUUCUCGCUCUACCAGGUAAUGCCGCUUGCAACACUCGGAAAACGUCCGCCAUAUCCACCUCGCCGGAAGAAAGCAGUACCUCCGAUGGAACCAGCCCUUCGAGCAUUAGCUUGGUGUGCGAAAAGUUCCCAAAAGCUUGCCUUAAGUUCCGCUGGACAAAUGAGAGAAACCGGACACUUAUGUUCUGCCAUUACGUUGUCACUGGCGGUGAAUGCGAUGGUGGCGAACAGUCCAACUAUCGGGCCCGCUUACACGAACUGUGGGUAGAACGGCAACGAGCACAAGAACCUGUGGCCUGUAUUGCCUCGGGCGAAAUGUCACCCUGCGAUCUUACCGAACAGAAUCUGCUAACACAGCAGCGUAAGAUUGUGCGCGAUCAGCUACUGCCCGAGGAGGUGCGUCGACGUACGGAAGCGGAAGCGAUAAGCUAUCGGUAUUAUCUACGCACCAGCCUUCCGAAAGUGUCGGACAAAAAUCGUAAAGUGUUUCGCAAGAUGACGAAAAGUUAUCGGCGCAUGAGGGAACUGCAUGCCAUCAAUCGAGCAAUCGGGUACAUCGACUCCGUAUCGGAGUUGGACUGGUCGAGUGAUCGGGAAAUUAAAACACUCGCCAUGAAGCGUGUGGUGCAGGUGGUAUGUGAAACCAUCCGCCAUGGACGUGACACACCGAUCAUCACGAAGCACCAGGAAUGUUUCGUUAAUGUGCUCACACCACAACGGAUUCUUGGUGACGCUCGGAUACGUGACUAUCUCUCGCACUAUCGACGGGGUAAUGAUCUGCUGGCUAUUCUUACCGCUAGUUGUCCACAUGAGGAUGAUCGACGGGACCAUCUUCACAUCCAGGACGACUCGCCGGGCGAAGAGUUGUUUCGUAAUCUCAAAAUAUUGCGUCAUCUGUUUUUGUACGCACGGAGCCUUCUGCAUAUACUGGCCAUCAAGACGCUCGUCAAUCGAUUGUACGAUAGCAAAAGUCUGGAGGAGAUUAAGUCCUAUUACGCUUACCUUUUCCGCCACAACCCGGCCGAACAUCUACAGGAUCUGGAAUGUGCUCCGUUCACGUUGCUUGAACUAGGUGUGCUGGUGGAUGCGAUCGAUGACGAGUAUCACGUAGCGGGUGUUCCUUCGAACGAUCACAUCCGACGAAUACGAACGAAAAUCACCAAGGAAAUUCACAGUUACAAGACGCUUCAUCAACACUUCAGCAACACGAUCCUCAUGGUGGAAGGUCUCAUAUCGAAGAUCAAAUCGAACCACAGCUACGAGAAGAUCCGCCAUAUAUUCCGGUCUCAUCUGAAGGUAUUAGAAACACGGCCUCGUACAAUCGAGGUGCAGUUUUUGGUACAACUUCGCAGUGCUCUUCUAACAUACUUUUACGAUGAUCUGCCAGAGCUGCGACAUCGGAGUGAACUGGAGCGCAGGGUAGCUCUAUUAGUAUGUCGCAUUUUGUACGCCAUUGACCGGAAACUCUAUCAACGAUCGUUUGCAUCGUCUGAACCUCCGCUGACGGUGCAUCUUACAGAUGGUGGGAAUGCGCUGCUUUUAAAACGUCUCGAAGAAUCAACCGGUCAACAGCUUGCAUAUCUCGCCAAAGAUCCCAACUUCUGCAAACUCCAAGACCAUCCUGAGAAACGCUACGAUCUGCUCCGACAGCUCCUGCGACGACACCGUGUCCUGUACAGUGCCAAUUUGCUAGCUGAUCUGCGACGCGAUGAAGAACGGGAAACGGAGGAAAAGGUAGCCCAACUGCAGAAGCUGUUUCUCGACCAAAACAUGAACAUGAAACCAUUCGAGCGGGUGGACGAAAUUGCAUUCGAAAUGCUGAUGCUGGAAGCCACCAGCGCUCUGUCGGCGAAGCUAGUCGACAACCGGGAAAGUCUCUGCAACUAUCUGCCAGUACUGACGGGACGGAAUUUACGUAACUACCUCGCACACGGUCAUAUCACGUACGAGAUAUUGAUACCGAACACGGGCCCGAAAACGAUUCUGUUGAAUGCGCUUAGUAUCAUCAAACUGUCAAAGAACAUCAUCUCGGAGAUCUACGAUCGGCACGGAUGGGAGUUUGCGGAGAAACUGGCACUGCUCAAACACCAAGAAAGUAUACUCGGCGGUUUCCGUUAUCAAAACUGUGGCGAGAUUCGGGAAACAAUUCGUAAGGAAGCGUACCUGCUCGGUCGGAAUCAUCUCUGUCACGGUAUAGUAGAUCAUCUAGUACAGCACCAAAGCUGCAUGCUGCUGGGACACCUGCUAGACUUUGGUAAGGUGGAUGAGUUUCUCAAACCACUGUCCUACCUGAUGGAGAGCGUUAGUGCGAUACCGUGUGGUCGCCCAUUGUACGACAUUCUGGCGGAUGUUCCGUCCCGUGUAGAGUUCUGCUACAGCCUGGCGAUGCUCAGCAACGACGAGGAUAUCCUGUCGAAGAUUGUGGCCGAUUUCGGAUACGGACAGAUCGAUGCCAUUCCGAUGGUGUUCAACUUUGACCGGUUGUUUGCUAGCUUUCUUGAAACGCACCCGGACUAUAACGUGAAUGUGGAGAGUAAUGCGGAGAUACUACACUACGCAGUGCUUUCCGGCAAUGUGGAACUUCUUAACCUGUUGCUGGACCAGUGCCACGAUCUUAACCAGCGAGAUGAAUGUGGUCAAACACCGCUCGAUGUGGCCUGCAAGCUGAGCAACGUGGAAAUGGUCAAGGCCCUUACAAACGCUGGAGCCCGUUGGUACACGAACGGUGAGCACGGAUACAGUCAGUACUCGUGGAUCUUCCUCAACAACGAUCAGGACGCGAUUGUUUUUCUCAAAAAUAAUGAGUUGCUUAGUGCCAAAAUAGCGGGUGCGUGUGUCGACCUGUUCCUACAGUACUGUGACGAUACCAACGAGGAGAUCGUCGAGUUCAUGCUUGCCAAUGAGGCCGUCAAGUACGCGCAUCUUUACACGAAGACCGUCACCUUUCGACGGCUAAACGUGUUACGAUUUCUGGUUGAAAGUGAUCGAAAGGUGAAAAGUAACGUAAACCGGAAGGAAGUGUCGGGACAGGGUCUAACGCCGCUUCAGAUUGCAGCCCGCAAGGGAUAUCCCGAUGUGGCCAAGGUACUGCUCGAGCAGGGUGCAAACGUACAAUUGCGUGACGUGAACGGGAACAGUGCGUUACACUUUGCUGUGGAGUGUGGUUGUGUAAAAACGGUGCGGUUACUACUGCGACAUGGUGCCAGUGCAGGUGUAAGGAACACUGUGGGGAAAAGUCCCCUAGAGCUAGCGAUCGCAAGUGAACAUAGAAAGAUUAUUCGGAUGUUACUACACAGUGGGCAAAAGGUGGAAAGUUUAACGCUACCGGAACGUUUACAGAAUGAGAACAUUGUGAACGACCUGUUGUUUGUGACUAAUCAGUUCGAGUACUGUCUUUCACCAUCCGAUAUCUGUAGUGAUAGCUUUACGCCAUUGCAUCAUGCAAGGGACGAGUGUACGAUAGUGCAGCUACUGCAAUUCUACGACGUAGAUGUGGCUAGUCCUCGCUACCAUACGACUCCGCUACAUUUGGCCUGCCUUUGCAAUGAACCACCGCGUGUAAAGGCUCUUCUCAAACAUGGCGCAAAUCCAAUGCUUUCCAAUGGGGAAGGUUGGACGCCACUGCAACUAGCAGUUAGCAAUCGCAGUAUAUCCAUUGUGGAGACGUUACUCGAGCACGACACAUUCAACACGCAACCGACUAAUCGAGAAGAUCUCAAUACUGUGCUAGCGAUUGCGAUCAGGAAGCAAUCGAUCGAUAUAGCUAAUCUGUUGCUACAGAAAGGAGCCUCGAUCGAUACGAUCGGUAACACGCUAACAGCCUUAUCACCGACACACCGGAACAGUAGGCACCAGCCUCAACAUCCCCAUCAGCUUUUUUUCUGUGCUGCACGUGAAGGUUACAACCGGAUAUUGGAGUACCUGCUGGACAGUGCUCUGUUCGACGUGAACACGAAAGAUACGAUCGGCUCUACGGCUCUGUUUCACGCACUCUCGAGGGCACCGCUCGAAACGCUAGACAUCUUGGUACGGCACGGUGCAGAUGUGGAGCACUGCAAUCAAUUCGGCCACAAUGUGCUCUCGAUCGCUGCCAUGAACAAUCGACUCGAUGCGCUACAGUACUUCGUUAACAACUUCCCCACGCUGGUACACUUUCUCGAUGCGGUGGAAGUCGACACUAAGAAUUCCGUCCUACACUUAGCGGUAUUGCGCGGGGCGCUCGAUAUAGUGCAGUACUGCGUAAAGCUUCAUCGGUCCGGCGGUGUCAGUCUGGAUGCACAGAACAAGGAAGGCUUUACGGCGCUUCACAUCAGUGCACAAACGGGCCAUGAAGCUAUCUUCGGGUACUUGCUCGGACACGGUGUCAACCCUACGAUACCGUCAGCUAAUGGGCAAUCCAUUCUGCACACGGCUAUCUGCAACCGGAACCUGUGUAUCGUACAAGCCAUCCUACGGGCCGGAGUUUUACCGCUCGAUCGCGAUCUUUUCGAUCAUGAGCAACGUUCGCCACUACACUAUGCUGUGUUUUCGCGCCAUGUUGGGGUUGUGCGUGAGAUACUCAAACUUCCCAAGCUGCCACUAAACCACGUGGAUACGCGGGGCAACACGGCACUCCAUCUGGCGGCCGAGUUCCAGUACGUCGACAUCUACAACCUGCUGCAAAAGCGUAUCGACAAUGAGCUACGGAACGUGCAGGGGAAGCGUGCCAUCGAUGUGCUGCUGCGUAAGUGAAUGUAAAUGUUAUUCAAAGCUGUACAGUUUGUUCUACUUCUGUUUGUGAACCACCUCAUCCACUGGCAGCGCUGGAUGAAGAAUGGAAGAAUGUGUGUACAGGAAAUACUCAAACGAAGGUGCAAUUAUUUGUUUUGUAUGAAAUUGAUCCACGAUCGGUAUGCGAAUCGGGAGGAAUUGUGUGUAUAGCAAUUAUUAACUCUACUAGCUAGUGGCAAUCACGCGAAAGAAAGCCUGUUGCAAGUUUCUAAUUCCUGGUUUUGUGAGGUCCUUCGCAACAAAUCGCCAUUGAGAAGUAGUAGCCAUUCGGAGGAUACGAUCGCUAACUGGAUCGUACCGACAAAAGGAAGUGGCUUAACUUACAACAAACGUUCUUUCUGCCGUUUUAGUUUUGUCAUCCUGCGUUAACAACCUACCGCCCGUAAGAAGCACAAAUGUGUGUGUUGAAAAGAUAGCAAAAAUUGUAUUGUCUAUAUGUGAAGAACAGCUAAGCAUUCUAAACAAAUAUAAUACAUAUAUAAACGAUCAUAUGUGUAACGUACGUGUAUCGAACGGCAAUAAGCGGUCCAGUUUUAUGCACGACAAUUUCUCUAGCUAAAUGUAACAAAACAGCAACGCGACAACACCGUCUGUAACCAUUCAUUGUCAUCAGCAAUCAUUUUUUACUUGUGUCAACAAUCGUUUUUCAACCAGAUUUAAUAUGCAUGCAUGCGUGAAGGCGCGUACCAUCUGGUGGACAGCCGGUAACACAACCAUUAUUGCACCCGUGUAAAACCAUAAUCACUAUAUCACAAACAACAACCUUCCUUGCGCAAAGGAACAGAACUCACUUAAAUGCCGUGUCAGCACCGUGUACGGAUGAGCUCACCUCAUUUCCUCUUUAAGUUUAACGACGCCAACAUGGCUAUAGGCUGUCAUCUGCCGUUCGAUCGACAGGCGCAAUAGAUUUUAAGCAAUUGAAAAAAAAACCACAAACUACUUACCGUAUGCAAUAGUAAAUCUUCCCUAUAAGACAGAAGCAGCACACACUACCCACAAACUAGCCACCAUCUUGUAGGCACAAAUGGAAGGACAUCGUGUUUGAAAAUCGCCAGUCAAAAUCGCAGCACAAACCGAUGGCCUGAACCAUUUUACCUUCAAUUUUUUCAAACAGAAAAUACUUUUAUGGUAACCAUUUGUCCAAAUGGUGGCAUCAAUAGAACCGGAUUACUUAACUGCAUGUUAUACCUGUUGACAAAUCUGCUCUGAAGGUGUUACUAAAGCACUAAGCCAAUUUCAACAAGAUCAUAAUGUUAUCCAGAUUGCAUACCUUAAGGCGUUUCGUAGCUUAGGUGAUAAGGUAACGUUUGAAUGUAACGUUUGCGCCUAGAGUAUGCAAUCUGCAUCGUAUAAACGGCAUUACGGUAGCAUUUGUAACAACUUCAUUAGCAGUUUUCUCUACUCAGAUAGCUGCGAAUAGCUCGCAACUAGUGUAAAAAAAGGACAGAAUAAAAUCAAAACCAAUCAGUUACAGUGCUUAUAAAUACAGUUUCCGUUUUCCGCAUCCAUGCAAUAAACAAUAGCUCUACAAUAUAACAAACGCACAUAUAGUAAACAGUGAAAGGAACCUGCAUUUAACACAAUACCAGGACCGCAAAGCAUAAUUAGUGUAUCAAAUCCCACUCAACAUGUAAACCGCAACGGCAGAUGACAGUCGAAUAGGGCGUAUGGAGUGUGUGUUAGCUCGGAAGUAUGCGGCGUUGUUCUGAAACUAUAACAACUCCGAUUUUAAAACUUAAUAGCAGAUAUAACAUAAGCAGUACUACAAUGGUACGACUACAAUUACAAUAGAAUGGAUCCGUACAGAACCACAACCAUGCAGAUCGGUUGAUUUGGAAGAAGAAAAAAGAACCGCGAUCUUGAUCGGAACUUUUUAUUCUUCUAGCAACCGAAGGCACCGCAAACCACUGAAAACAAUAGUACCGACAGUUCUUACCAGUAAUCGUGCUAGAAUUCCCUCAGGGGAAAUUAUUCUUUUAUAUAUUUUACAGAGACAAGCUACGUUUUGAUUUCAAAUUACUUCUUGAUCAUGUCAAAAGGGAUCGAUCAAGGAUCAUCACUGGAUGGUUUACCACUUUUAACUAUUUUUUAUUAUUUCGUAUUAGUACUAGUCUAGUCAUUAUUCGUUACAGUACUAGACUGAGAUCCUAAAUCUAUGUUAAAAUAAUUAGCAUUUUAGAGUUAUAGAUCGCGUUUGAUUGAAGGAUGAAAAUUUGAAACCCCGUGGCCAUACUAGUGUGUUUCUUGAUCGAUACGACAAACGACUUGAAUCUAUGAUUUGUAUUAUGAUAGAAUUCAUGCUAGUGAUCCAUAAAACCAUACACGUUAUUUAUUUACUUAGCAUGAAUUGUAUCAUCACCAUCAUCUUUUUGUUCCUACGUAUUUCAAGAUGGUUUAAUUUUUAUAACAUUAAGCAUAAGUAAAAUCGUAUCAUCACACAACCACGUUUUGGAAAUUUUUGCUACAAGUUUCAAGCAUGAAUUCUAAUAUUGAAUAGGAAAUAUUUUGGUAAACAUUCUGAAAAUCAUUGACAGAAGAAAAAAAAAUCGCAAAAUAAUAAGUAAUUCACCACAAGUUCACAAUGAUGUAAGCAAAUGUAUUACGUCAAAUGAUGAUAAUAUGACUGGCACAACAGUAAAAUCGCAAACAAUCAAAGAGAAAAUCGUAACUGUAUUACACAAAGAUGCCAACAGAAAAACCAACCAGAAUGGUCCAUGAAAAAGGCGAGCAGGUUUAGGCAGGAGCAACAAUGUAACACACUACAAUCAAUGUUGAAAGUACAGCAAAAAGGCCAACGGAGGAAACCGAGUAAGAUAAAGAGAGAGAGAGAGAGAAGUGAGAAGAUAUAUAACUAAAACAAGUAAGAUGAUGUAGACAGAUGUAAGCCAAUUUAAGUAAAGUGUAAUGCAAAGGUAUAAGAGGAAAAGGUAUUCCAGAAAUGUAAGCUGUUAAACCUACACCUUUGUUAAAAUCGUGUGUGUAUGUUUGUGUUCAGUUUGUCACUGGGCACUGGGAGUAUAGAAGCAGAGAGAAAGGGGAGUGAAUGAAGUGAGAAAUUUUCAAACCAAUCAAACUCAAACAAGCACAUUUCGCGGUCAGUUUUAGGAUAUUAUCGUAAUCCUUGAGCAACAAACCAUGCAAGAAGUUAAAUAUAAACAAGUAACAAUUCAAGUACGAAAAAAAUACACAAUGCUCAAAAUCGAACCUCGGCACCAAGCAUGGUGAGCAACCGUUUUGAAUCCCUUUACGAAGGCCAGUAAAGUAGGUAGUAGGACAGACCAACCCACGCGGUGAAGAUGGCGGGAGCGCACAUGCAAAGAUGAUUUUUACACGAAAUAAAAUAUUUUUUUCAUUUUCAAGUGAUUUAAACCACGU